UAAUUAUUAAACAAUAAUUAUUGUCAACAUGGAGAGGUGGGUCGGUCGGGUUGCGCUUGUUACCGGAGCCUCGGUGGGGAUAGGAGCGGCCAUCACAAGGGCUCUGGUCAAACAUGGAAUGAAAGUCGUGGGCUGUGCAAGAAACGUGCAACAGAUUGAGUCAAUACGUGAUGAACUGAAGGCUGAAAAGGGUCAACUGAUUCCAAUCAAAUGUGAUCUCACCAAAGAAGAGGAGAUCCUGGCAAUGUUUAAGCAGAUCCAGAAAGAUCUAGGGGGUGUAGAUGUGUGCAUUAACAACGCUGGACUAGCACACUGUGCACCCUUACUGUCUGGCAGCACUGCUGACUGGAAAAACAUGUUAGAUGUCAAUGUACUGGGUCUUUGCAUAUGUACCAGGGAAGCCUUCCAACAAAUGCAGAAAAACAAAGUUGAUGAUGGUCACAUAAUUCUCAUAAACAGCAUGUCGGGGCACCGUGUUAAACCAUAUGCAGCGGGUCAUUUCUACGCUGCUACGAAGUUUGCUGUAUCUGGAAUUUUGGAGGGCAUUAGAAACGAACUUCAAGAGCUGAAUUCUCAUAUACGGGUUACGUCUGUCAGUCCAGGGUUAGUGGCUACAGAAUUCCAGCAAAGAAUGCAUAAAAGUCCAGAAAUUGGGAAGAAAAUUUGUAGUCACUUUAAGUGCUUGGAAGCAGAAGAUUUGGCUGAUGCUGUCAUAUAUGCAUUAAGUGCACCAGCACAUGUUCAGGUGCAUGACAUCUUGAUGAGACCAACUGAACAGAAAUCAUAAAUCAAAACUGAAAAAAAGCGACGAACAAUUAUGUGAUUGUUGACAAUAUAAUGUCAAUUUCAUUAAUAAAUUGUUGGUUUUGAAUA